AUGUUCGAGAUAUUACUGCAGACUGCGAGGCGUUCAAGACUAUCAGAGGCUACCGGACAGAUCAGGGGUGACGACGUUGAAAGACAAUUUCCUUUGGCUUAUGUGAUUCUGGUUCACAAAGACUUUGAGCAUCUCGAGCGAUUGCUGCGGACUAUUUAUAUGCCUCAGCACUCUAUAUGUAUACAUGUGGAUAACAAAGUGCCAGACAGCCUGAAGCAGGCAGUGUCCAGUCUUGUCAGGUGUUUCCCCAAUGUGGUGUUGGCCUCCAAGCCACAAGACAUCAUUUAUGCUCACAUGUCUCGUCUGCUAGCCGACGUCGUCUGCAUGCAAGACCUUGUACACAAAGACAGGUCGUGGAGAUAUCUCAUCAACUAUGCAGCCACAGAGUUCCCGCUGAGGACAAACCUGGAGACCGUCAAGAUCCUACAGGCACUGCAUGGCCUCAACGACAUCCACGAACAGUACGAGCGACGCCUGGAGCAGCGCUAUAAGACUGAAUUCCAUGUGAUAGAUGGGCGGAUUAAGCAGACGAAAAUCGCCCUUCCCCCGCCUCCAUUUAACAUUACCAUUGUCAAAGGUCAGGCCUACAAUACGUUCAGUCGAGCUUUUUUGGAGUGGGUGUUUACAGAUGAGAAACCUCGAGCCCUCCUGGAGUGGUGCAACAAAACGUACAGCCCAGAUGAGCACUAUUGGGCCUCAUUGAAUGACCUCUACCACAACGCAUUCCUGGAGUCACCGGGCGGGUUUAAAGGACACCCCGACAAGAAAGGCUACAUCACCCGAUUCAUUAGCUGGCAGUACACCAAUCCUAAGUGGAAAUGCCGGGGCAAAAUCGUACACAACAUUUGCAUCUUCUCCGCCCUUGAUCUACCCGGCUUGCUACCCGAAAUGCAUUUGGCAGCUAAUAAAUUUGACCUGACCCUUGACCCUUUAGCCUACUCGUGCAUGGAGGAAUUGCUGGAGAAUAGGACACGAGCGCACUUACCCUUUAGCCUUCAAGACUAUACAAGACUGUAUUUUGUGAAUUAUAAACCCCCCAGUAAUACAUCCCAUUAG